CUCUUGACAUUAAUAACAAUGCUACGUGGAAGCUACAGUUCGCGAUUUCUGCCCACGUCACGAGGAAAAACAGACGAAAGAAAGAAUUUCGUACUACAGGUUAAAUUAUUCUACGGUCGAAAUUGUGAUGAGCAGCUAAAAGUAGUUGACGAUACAUUUUAUGUAGUUGCAGAUAUAAAGAUGUAGUGUUUCAGUGUCAGCUGGACGAAGAUAAUCAUAUCUUCUGGUGGUAGUUUGGUUGGACAGCUUUGAAAUUGGAAACAUCAAACAUUUAGGAUGUCAGAUAGGAGUAAGGCGGAGAAAUUAGCGCUAGCGCGGAGGAAGCUGAAGGAAUACCAGAGAAAAGAAAAAGACACAACACUGAGCGGUACAAGAUCCGCUCCGAGAAGAGAAACAACGAAACAUUUUUCUAAUGAUGCUGCGAAGAAAACCACGAAAGAGAGUUUUGUAUUCGACUCCGGGCCGUCUCCGGUCCAGCAAGAGUGCCAGACUUCUGAUGAUGGAAGCUACUGUCCAAGUCCAGAAAUAAAAAACAGUGAAGAGUACUGCAACAGUUUCAGCAGAAAUGAAGUAAAUGGAAGUUGUGAGGCUAGCAAAAAUAGUCAACAUCCAUUAUCUCAGCACAUUUCUUUCCAGAGCACUACUCCGAUAGUCUCUCCUAGUGUUGCAGACAUGUUUUCAUCGAGUCAGACGACUAAUAAUGAAGCAGAAAUGUUCUUCAACAGCAUUCCAACAUCAAAUUCUCUUGCCGAGAACUCCAGUAAUUAUUCAUCCUUUCCUUAUCAAACUUCUAGUUUCAUAUCACAGGAAAGUAUUUACCAGAAAGUGCAGUCAGUAAAUGGUGUGACUACUUUAUCGUCACAAUGUCAGCCUUGUCCAAGCGAAGUGACAGAAGCAUUUUCUAAUCCACAGUCUGGUGCUGACAUUGUUCAAACUGAUACACAUUACAUGGGUGGAAACCCCGAAAAUGAAAAUGUGUCAGACUCUUUUGAGUUUGAUUCAACAAAAAUAGCAUCUACAUUUCAUAACAAUGAGACAGGGAAUUGUGCAGAAGUGACAACAGCUCACCAGAAACGUCAGACUCUACCCUCUGAUAACUCUUCUUCCAUAGACUUACCUAGAGAAACUGUGGAUGAUAUUUCUGUUGAGCAAGCAUUGCCACAGUUGUCUUCUGUAGAGGAAGCCAAGAAAUUAAAUCCUAAAGGAGAAGAAAAUAUGUCACAUAGCAACCCAGAAAAGUUGAAUGUUACUCAAAAAUUAGUGUGUGAAGAAACUGCUGCUAAGUCAUUGCCUUUGUCGAGCACAGAGAGUCUCCGUCAGAUGUCAUUGCAAAUUAAUGAUCUUAUAAGCGAGACAUUUAAUGGGAAUUCUGAUGAUAAAAGAAAUAGUGUAUCAGAACUUGAACACAGAAAUCAGGAGCUGGCUGCUAUGCUGGCUGUGGAACAGCAGAAGAAUGAACAACUCCAUUUACAGUUGAAGGAACAUCAAUCACGUUUGUCGCAGUUGGAAUCUGAUCUUGGUAAAGUCCGAGCAGAGUCUGAAGCUGAGUUAACAAGAGAAGUUGGCCCUCUACAAGAACAACUGCAGCUUCAUGCGCAGACUGUUGGAAUACUUGUAGGGGAAAAGACGGAACUGCAAUCAGCUUUAAACAAAAGUCAACAAUUAGCAAAACAAAAAGCAGGUGAAGUGGAAGAACUGCAAGGGCGUUUGAAAGCAUCAAGGCACAAAGUUGCAGAACUGGAAAAGGAAUUGUCAGCAUCAAAUACAAGCAAUCAGCAGUUGCAGGCUAUGGUUAAGGAACUGUCAGCAGAAGUGGAAAAAUUAAAAGUAGAGAAUAAAUUAGUGACAAAGCACUUGGAAGAGACUGAAGAAGAGAAAUCAGAAAUUCAACAGAAAUUGAAUACAAAGACAUCAGAAGUAUCAUCACUUCAGCAGCAGCUACAAGAGAGGCAGUCUCAACUUUCCCUAACCCAGCUAAGAAUUCAGCAGUUAAGUAUAUCUGGUAACACGGAGCUGGACAGCCAAAUGGAAACAUUAAAUCAGCAGAAAAUUAGUUUAGAGCAUCAGGUGGCACAACUUCAGCAAGCAGUUAGGUCUGUUACUGCUGAAAGAGACCAAGCAAGUCAGCAGUACCAGCAGUAUGUUCAACAACUCAACUCCCAGCUUCAGAGUUUGGCUACGAAGCUUGAAAGUGCUACAACAGAAAAUGAGACAUUAUUAUCAAGGGAGCAGAGUCUGAUUCAUCAUGUAUCAGAAUUAGAGAAACAACUGCAACAACAGCAGCAGCAGCAGAGUGUAAAAACAAAGGCAACUUCAUCUGAGGAUUCUGACAAAAUCCAUAAGCUGCAGGAGAAACUGUCUGAUUUAGAAGAAGAAAAGAAACAUCUUCAUGACAUAAAUGAUUCACAGCAACAACAAAUUGAGGAACUGUCAGCUGACCUGAAAGAUAGAUUGACAAGGAUAGAAGACUUAGAGUCAAUGAUAGAGAGUAUGAAAGAAGAUCAACCUAAUAAAGAACGAUUGUUGGCUGCUAUCGAAAGUGAUAAAGUUGCUGCUGCAAGGGCCGUUGCGCAGAAUCAGAAAUUGAAAGAACGGCUGGAAGAACUUGAAAAUGGGUUUGUGACAAUGAGCAAUACUAAACUAGAACUGACAGAAAAACUGCAGUAUGAGCAACACGUAAACAAAGAAAAGUGUGAACAAAUCCUGGAUUUGGAAAAUGAGCUGAAAAACAUAAGGCAGCAGCUACAGGAGAAAGAAGCUGCAUUACAGCAACUUGAAAGUAAGCUAGUACAGCCUGAGGAAAAUGUAUCUGAUGAACAUGAUGAUGCUGAAGUUAAGCAAAAUGAGCAGUACAGUUUGCUAAAUCAAGAACUUACAGAGGCAAAAGCUGUUAUUGAGCAAUUAAAGUUGCAAAACUCAGAAUUACGUGUUAUUAUGGAACAACAAAAGAGUCCGCCAGAUGCUGCAUCUGUUCACACUGACAAAGUCAUUUCAUCUCUCUCUGCGAGUAUCCAACAGUUGGAGGCAGAGCGAGAUAGUUUAUUAUCUCAGCUACAACAGGCCAAACAGAAUAGCUCAGAUAACAGCCAGGCAGAUGUGCCGACAAUGCUGCAUGAAGAUCCAGUAGAAAUGAAAGAAGCAAUGGAGAAACUCCAGGAAAAAUUCAAGAAAACCAUGGAAGAAGUUGCUGAACUCUCUGAAGAAAAACAGAGACUUGAACAUUUGGUUCUGCAGUUGCAAGGCGAAACGGAAACCAUAGGAGAAUACAUUGCUCUGUAUCAAGUGCAGCGGAAUAUUCUGCGACAGAGAGCUAAAGAAAAUGAUGAACAGUUGGCUCGAGUAUCCAGAGACAGAGAAGAAAUGAAAAUGAAACUUCAAGAGCUGAGUGCACUUGUGAGAAACUUGGUGUCAGAAAAAGAAAGUUCACCAGAAAAUAUUGAUGUUCACAUAGCUGAAAGUAAAGUGACACCUGUUUUUCACCAAGAUGAAGCAGUUGUAGAUAUUAGUAUUCCAUCUGAGAGUGAAAGUCAUCAUCAUGAAGUGGAAAAAUCUGAUGGUCCCGCCUUGCAAGAGAAUGUGAUGAAUAAGGAAGCCACAGCUGAAAAAAUUAUAGCAUUACUGUCUGAGAUAGGAAGCAGUAAUCUUGUGGAUCCACAAACCACUGAAAACUUCCAUCCGUGUCCAUGGUGUUCUGGAAGACUCUUGACAGUUUGAAGUAGUAUUCAUAGUAAUACUAAAUUUUUUACUAUAGACAGAUCAUCUGCAUAUCUGUAUUUUGAGGAUACUGCUGCUAAUGAUUAUUUGUAAGUUAAAGUCUCAUAAUGAGAUUAAAUUGCAAAAAAAGUAGCAGUGUAAAGGUGAGAGACUGCAAAUAUGCUUCACUGAAGUUGUUUGGUAAGAUUCCAUUCCAUAUAAUGUAGCUUACAUUAGCUCUGUGAAGCAGCUCUCUCAGGUAUCUGUAAUACAAUAUAUAAGGCCUCCUCACAUCUUUCUUGUGAAGUGAGAACACAACAACAUAAUUCUGAUAGCCAAUUUUUGUGCCUGUAAAAUUACGUAAAGUAUAUUUAUCAUCAUUUUUAACCACAUGAUGCUGUUGUAUCAUCAAGGCAAGAAUGGUUGAAAGCUGCAUAAAUCUAAUAAUGAUAUGUUUAUUUUUGCUUGAAGUUUUUGUAAAAAGUAUUCUUAAUAUUAAUUUUGUGCAGAUGUAACAUAGUUUUGUGUAUAUAUGUAACAUCUGUAAAUUGUAAAUAAAGUUAACUAAAAUUACUUUUCACUGUCUUACACUUGCAAAGAAGAAACUGUUGAUAUGAAUUACUUUUGUAAUAUUUAUAAAAGAAAAUACAUGGACAUUGAAUUUAAA